AUGGAAGAAAAUAGACGUUUAAUGCGAGAACAAGCAGCUGAAUUACAGCGAGAAAUCGCUCAACUAAAAACAGAAAAAGCUGAGAUUAAAGAAGCAUUUGAUCGUUAUCGUGAUGAAGUAUCUGAAAUGGUUGAAAAUGUUGAAAUGGCUACUUUGGAUAAAGAAAUGGCAGAAGAAAAGCUAGAAUCAUUGAUUGCAGAAAUGGAAUUACUCAAAGAGCAAGUAGAAGAACUAACUCUCGAGAAUCAGAUUUUAAAAGAAGAAUCUGAAGAAAAAGGUGGUGCUGCUACUACUGUUAGUGUUGACGGUGGACCAACUCCGUUACAAUUUAAAAAUCUUGAACAACAAAAUGAACGAAUGAAACAAGCGCUUGUCAAGUUACGAGAUUUGGUUAAUCAAGAUAAACAAGAAAUUACGGCUCUUGGUAAACAGAUUACAUCUUUAGAAUCAGAAGUCAGUCAUCUUCAAAUGGAAAAAGAACGACUAACAAAUGAUUUGAAAGCAAGUGUUGAACAAACUAUUGAAUUGAAAGAACAAGUUGAUGCUGCACUCGGUGCUGACACAAUGGUUAGUCAACUGACACAACGUAACUUGGAACUGGAAGAAAUGCUUGAGAAAGUUAAAGAGGAGAGAAAUGAUUUGGAAGCUCUAUGUGAAAUGAACGAUGAAUUACAAGAGAAUAGUCGCGAAACAGAACUUGAACUUCGUGAAGAAAUUGAACGGGGUAACACACAAAUAAAUCAGCUUGUUCGUCAUCUGGAUGCUACUCGUGAAACAAUUGCCGAUUAUGAGCAAACACUUGGUAAAUUCAGAGAUUUAGUCUCCGAUCUACAAACACAAAACACUGAUCUUCGACGAUCAUUAGCCGAUGGAAAACGUUUACAAGAACAACAGCAACAGCAGCAAUUGGAACAACAAUAUUGUGUAACCGUCCCAACAGAUCUUGUUGGUUCUACUAAAUUCGAUGCUGCUUCUCAGGUCAAAACUCUUGCUAAAGUAAUUGAAGCUGAGUUGAGACGUCUUGAAGCAGAGCAAAGUGCAAAUCAUGUAGCUCGUUUAACGGCUUUCUUGCCUGAUUCAUUUUUACGACGUGGUGGUGAUAAUGAAGCAUUGCUUGCUCUGUUGUUACUUGAUCGAUUGGCUGGAAAAUGUGAUCUAUUAGCUAAUCAUCUUGUUGAACGUUAUCCCGUACCUCCUUGUGUUCCUGGCCAAAUAUCAUUGCAGUUUCCUCAAUCCGAUAUGAACACUGAUAACCAAACUGUUGUCAGUGGAAUCUGUAUCCCUGGUACUGACAAUCCGUUACCACCACUAACCAAGACAAAAGCAGAAUUCUACAGUUUCAUAACUAGACUUAUCCAUUUGCUCCGGUCAAUGGCCUCUUUGUUAGCCCAGUACAAGCAAAUUCUUUCAGGUUGUAGUGUUGAUUUAUACUUGAAGUUCGGUUCUCUAUACAGUGAAAUGUCUACUCAUGAACAUUGUAUUGAUCGAUUAAUAGAACAAACUAAGAAUGAUCAGCUAGAUGAGACAAUUUCAUUGGAGACAUUAUCGUCAUCAUUCAACUACUUUAUUCAGUUAUACUCAGUUCAUUUGAAAACAGAACCAUUAUUUAAUUGUAGUAUUAAACUAAUGGAUUUUACACGAACAACUCUGUCAGCUGUUGAUGCUUUAUCAGUUGAUUCUACAGCGUUAAUGAUAUUAACAGGACAAGAUAUUGACUGCCUAUUACAAGUGGCCAAAACUGCUGCAACCUGUGUAUCUGGACCGUUGAGUAUGGGUAAUAUGGAUGAUGUGAGAUCAUUAUUGUUAACUGACCCAAUUACUGGUGGUGGUGUUGGUUUGACUGACCUUCUUCGUGAAUUAAUUCAUUUUGCCACAACUGUACGUGUAAUCACACGUCGAAUAAAACGAAGAAUCCCAAAUAAACCUACAGGUCAACCAUUGUCAUUUAAUCAAGAUGUUGCACAGAAAUUGGAUCAAGCAAUGCAACUAUUAGGAUCAAUUGUUGGAACAAUGUAUACGACAACUCGUUUGGCAGGCCAGUUAACAGUUCGUCAAAUUGAAGACUCAGCUAAUCUCGAACCUAAUGUCGUCUUUACUCAAUGUCUAUCAGAAGCGUGUAAAGAAUACUUAAUAUCAACUGAUCAAAUCAACACGCGUUCUAGUGUUAUCGCACCAGAUAUCCGAAUUCGUACCAGCUUAGCUCAAGUUGCUCGUAUUAUCAUUCAAGUGGCACUGGCAAUGGAAAAUGGGGAAUAUGACUUUGAUGGGACAAAACAAUCUGUGCCUCAGGAACCGGUAGCUGCUCGUGCUAUUGCGUAUAAACGCGCUCAAGCUGAAUUAGAAGGAUGUCGAGCUAAAUUGGAAACUAGAGCAGAAGAAGUCAAAGAAUUACAAAAAGCAUUAAAAGCACGUGCUGAUGAACUCAGUGAAAUGUCUGUACGCAUAAGUUUUACUGAGAAGAAAUUAGAAACUGCUGGGAAAGGCAAUGAAGAGAAGAUAUCUCGUCUAGAACAACGUUUAGAACAGUCGGAAGCUCAACUGAAACGUAAUGAAAAAGAAUAUGAGCAAACAUUAGAUGCACUUCAAGCAGACAUUGAGGCUUUGGAGCAGGAGAAAGCAGAACUGAAGGAGAAAUUGAAAACUUUGAGUAAAAAAGCUUUGUUUGAAGGAAUUAUCAAAACACCAUUAGUUUUAAGUCCAGCACAGUCUAAAGUUCAGCCUACUACAGCUGCAUCAACUGCAUCUCCUACACCUGGUAAACAGGCAUCCGUUGAAUGUACACCACCUUCACCUGGUCCUGCACGCUUGUCUGCCUAUAGAGAUACUUCAUUCAUGGCAAUGGAGAUUGAAGCUCUUCGUGAAGCUGUACGACGUUUGUCUUCUGAAGUAUCUCGACUUCGUGGUGAAAAAAUGCUUGAGCAAAUGAAAGUUUUGGACCAAGUUGAAGAGCCUUCUUCAGGUGCUGGUGAUGGGUCUGUUCAACAGUCUUCUAAAGCUGUUUUACCCAGUGCUGCAAUUCAGUUUAAUCGACAAACAGCUAAACUGGUUAAAUUGAAGAAUGAUUUAGAAAUGUUACAACAACGUGCAUUGGAAGCUAUAAAGACAGAAAUUCCAGAUGCAACAAUUAAAGCAGAUUUCACCUGCUUCCCAUCAGCUAAAAUGAAGCAACUAUUUACUCCAUCAGUGAUUGAUGAGAAUACUCCUUUACGUUAUCGUUUAUUAUUCCCUGGGAUUACUGAUUGUAAAAUGGAUCCUACAAAAAUUUGUAUGACAAGAGAAGAUCUUCAAAAUCUACAUUCUCAUUUACUUACAGUAUAA